AUGAGCGAAAUCACCUCCCUCGACCACAAAGAACAGUCGCCCAGUCUCCGCGGCAAACACCCACACCUCGCAAAAUUCAAAAAACACCUCCAACACAUCAAGGAACAAUGGGGUCCCGGUCUGCCCGCCAAGAUGACCUGGGAUGACGAGUACAAUUUCCCUGCGGGACGCUGGGCUGGACAGGGGUGGGAGCCGAGAUCAUAA